AUGCAGCAAAACUCUCUUCCUCUUCUUCUUGUUCUGUUUUUGCUCUGUUUUUCAAUCGGGUCCGGUUCGGGUCAAACCAACGACGAUCUCCAAACCCUUCUCGAGUUAAAGAAAUCUUUUCUCACAAACCCAAAAGGCGAAAACUUUCUCCGGAAUUGGAAUUCCGAUGAUUCCGAUUUCUGUAACUGGACCGGAGUCACAUGCGGUGGUCGUUUCGUCGUCGGUUUAAAUCUCUCCGGUUUAAACUUAACCGGUUCAAUCUCUCCUUCGAUUGGCCGGUUUAAUAACCUAACCCAACUCGAUCUAUCUUCCAACGGUUUAGUGGGACCCAUCCCCACUACUCUCUCCAACCUCUCUUCUUCCUUGGAAUCGCUGCUUCUCUUCUCUAACCAACUCAGUGGUACAAUACCGAGUCAACUCGGUUCUCUCCUUAACCUCAAGACGUUAAAGCUCGGUGACAACGAACUCGUCGGAACCAUCCCGGAGACGUUUGGGAAUCUCGUCAAUCUCCAGACACUCGCUUUGGCCUCGUGUAGACUCACCGGUUUAAUACCGAGUCAACUCGGUCGUCUCGUUCAGCUCCAGGCUUUGAUUGUACAAGAUAACAACCUCGAAGGACCGAUUCCUCCCGAGUUAGGUAACUGCACGAGCCUAACUCUCUUUACCGCGGCGGUGAACCGUCUCAACGGGUCGUUACCGGUGGAGCUGAGUCAACUCGUGAACCUUCAGAUACUCAAUCUCGGAAACAACAUCUUCUCCGGUGAGUUACCGAGUCAACUCGGUGAUUUACGCAGUCUCCAAUACCUUAAUUUGGUUGGUAACAAGCUUCAAGGUUUGAUUCCGAGGAGAUUAACCGAUUUGGUGAAUCUUCAAACUCUUGAUUUGUCUAAGAAUGAUCUCACCGGAGGAAUCCCUGGCGGAUUCUGGAACAUGAAUCAUCUUGUUAGUUUGGUUUUGUCGAAAAAUCGUCUCUCUGGUUCAUUACCAAAGAGUUUAUGUUCUAACAACACAAGCUUGGAGCAACUGGGUUUGUCUGAAACUCAACUUUCCGGCGAAAUUCCGUCGGAAAUCAGUAAAUGUCAGUCAUUAAAGGGGCUUGAUUUGUCGAACAAUACGCUUACUGGUCCGAUCCCGGAUUCGUUGUUUCAUCUCGUCGAUCUCACUGUUUUGUCUCUUCACAACAGUAGCGUGGAAGGUACGUUAUCUCCAUUGAUAUCUAACCUAACGAAUCUAAAAGAGCUUGCUCUGUCUCACAAUGACUUGGAAGGCAAGUUACCUAAAGAAAUUGGAUCGCUAACCAAAUUGGAGGUUCUGUAUCUAUACGAGAAUCGGUUUUCGGGUGAAAUCCCGAAUGAGAUUUGGAAUUGCACGAAUCUGAAGUCGGUCGAUAUGUUCGGGAAUCAUUUCAGUGGCGAGCUUUCUUCUUUAAUUGGAAGAUUAAAAGAGCUUACUUUCCUUCACUUGAGAGAGAACGAGCUUAAUGGUAACAUUCCCGCCACUUUAGGUAACUYUAACCAACUGACGAUUUUGGAUUUAGCCGAUAAUCAGUUCUCGGGUUCGAUUCCUUCCUCGUUCGGGUUCUUAAAGGCGUUAGAACAGUUACACCUUUACAACAAUUCUCUUGAAGGGAAUCUUCCGGAUUCACUUAUCAACCUCAAGAAUCUCACAAGGAUCAAUUUCUCCAGCAACAAGCUUAAUGGUUCGAUUAGUCCGUUGUGCGGUUCAAGCGCUUAUCUUUCGUUUGAUGUCACGGAAAACGAAUUCGAGGGAGAUAUACCUCUUCAGCUAGGGAAGUCACCGAAUCUUGAUCGCUUAAGGUUGGGGAAGAAUCAAUUCACAGGAAAAAUCCCUUGGACAUUUGGGAAGAUCCGCGAGCUUUCUUUAUUGGAUAUCUCAAGCAAUUCUCUCACAGGAACCAUACCGGUAGAGCUCGGUUUGUGCAAGAAUCUGACACAUAUUGAUCUGAACAGUAACUUACUUUCAGGGUUUAUACCUCCAUGGCUUGGAAAGCUUCCGUUAUUGGGAGAGAUCAAGCUUUCUUCGAAUAAGUUUAUCGGUUCUCUCCCUACUGAUCUGUUCAACUUAACCAGGCUUCUUGUGUUAUCUCUUGAUGGCAAUUCACUUAACGGUUCGAUUCCACAAGAGAUUGGAAACUUGGAAGCUCUCACUGUACUUAACCUUGAAAAGAAUCAGUUUUCAGGUCAUCUUCCUCCAUCCAUUGGGAAGCUGAGCAAGCUUUAUGAGCUUCGGUUAUCGAGAAAUGCCUUAUCCGGAGAAAUCCCUGUUGAGAUUGGACAGCUACAAGAUCUUCAAAGUGCUUUAGAUCUCAGCUACAACAACUUUACAGGAGAUAUCCCUUCUACGAUUUCGACAUUACAUAAGCUUGAAUCUCUUGAUCUGUCUCACAAUCACCUUGUAGGAGAAGUUCCCGGUCAAAUCGGGGAAAUGAAAAGUUUGGGAUAUCUCAACCUCUCUUACAACAACCUCGAAGGCAAAUUGAAGAAACAGUUCACUAAAUGGCAAGCCGGUUCCUUCGUAGGAAAUGUAGGUCUCUGUGGAAGCCCUCUUAGUCACUGCGACAGAGCGGGGCCGUACAAGAAUCAACGAGGUCUUAGUCCGAAAACCGUGGUUAUAAUCUCUGCGAUUGCUUCAUUAGCAGCGAUUGCUUUGGUGGUACUUGUAAUCAUCCUCUUCUUGAAGCAAAAUCAUGAUCUUUUCAAGAAAUCGCGAGGCGGAAACAGCAAAUACUCAUCAAACUCUUCUUCUUCUUCAUCACAAGCUCCUCUCUUUAGAAAUGGAGGUGCAAAGUCAGAUAUAAAGUGGGAGAGCAUCAUGGAAGCUACACAUUACCUUAACGACGAGUUCAUGAUUGGAUCAGGAGGUUCAGGGAAAGUUUACAAAGCGGAAUUGGAGAACGGAGAGACGAUUGCUGUGAAGAAGAUUCUUUGGAAAGAUGAUUUGAUGUCGAAUAAGAGCUUUAACAGAGAAGUGAAGACUCUUGGAACAAUCAGACACAGACAUUUGGUUAAGCUAAUGGGUUACUGCAGCAGCAAAGCAGAAGGCUUGAACCUUUUGAUCUAUGAGUUUAUGGAGAAUGGAAGCGUAUGGGAUUGGCUUCACGCGAGCGAGAAGAAGAAGAAGGAGAUUCUUGAUUGGGGAACAAGAUUGAAAAUAGCAGUUGGUUUAGCUCAAGGAGUAGAGUAUCUUCAUCAUGAUUGUGUUCCUCCGAUUGUUCACCGCGAUAUCAAAUCAAGUAAUGUGCUUCUUGAUUCCAACAUGGAAGCACAUUUAGGAGAUUUCGGACUCGCUAAGAUCCUAACUGAGAAUUGUGACACAAACACAGAAUCAAAUACUCUCUUUGCAGGCUCUUAUGGCUACAUUGCGCCAGAGUAUGCUUACUCGAUGAAGGCGACUGAGAAGAGCGAUGUUUAUAGUAUGGGAAUAGUGUUGAUGGAGAUUGUGACUGGUAAAAUGCCAACGGAGGAAGUGUUUGAUGAAGAGACUGAUAUGGUUAGAUGGGUAGAGAAGGUUCUUGAGAUGCCUACAGCGAGAGAGAAGCUGAUUGAUUCAGAGCUUAAACCGCUACUACCCCACGAAGAAGAAGCAGCUUAUCAGGUUCUUGAAAUAGCAAUUCAGUGCACAAAGACUUAUCCUCAGGAUAGACCAUCUUCAAGACGAGCUUGUGACUGUCUUCUUAAUGUCUUCAACAAUAGAGCUGCCAGUUACAGGGAGAUGCAAACUGAUUCCGAGAAAUGA